AUGUCAGUAAAUAUAUUAAAUAGCAGAGCGGAUAGCCUCCAGGCAGUAGCCGCAAUGGCAACGAACAUCCACGCGGCGAAGAGCCUGUUCGACAUCCUGAAGAGUAAUUUGGGGCCGAAGGGAACGUGUAAAAUGCUGGUCAACGGAGCAGGAAACAUCAAGAUCACGAAGGACGGAAGCGUGCUGCUGAGCGAGAUGAUGAUACAACACCCAACGGCAAUGAUACUGUGCAGAGCAGCCUCAGCACUGGACGAAGUGACGGGAGACGGAACGACGAGCAACGUGCUGUUCUCAACAAGCCUGAUGAAAAACGCAGAAGAGUACAUACUGUACCAGAACGUGCACCCGAAGUACCUGUGCGACGGAUUCGACCUGAGUCUGAAGAAGCUGACGGAGCUGCUGCCGUCGUUGGGAAUGCCAAUCUACAAUAAGACGUCGGAAGAAGAAGGGAGAGAUAUCGACUGGGAGAUGGUGGGAAGCAUAGUGAAGACGUCAAUAUGCACGAAGCUGCCAUAUAAGCUGGCAAUACACAUAGCAGAGGAAGUGCUGGAGGCAGUGAAGAUAAUAUAUGAGCCGAAAAAGCAGCUGGACCUGUUUAUGGUGGAAGUGCUGACAAUGAAGCAUAGGUUCAACUCGGAAACGAGACUGGUGAGAGGAAUGGUGAUGGACCACGGAGUGAGGCACCCAGACAUGCCGAAGAAGGUUAAAAAGGCAUACAUACUGACGCUUAACGCAAGUCUGGAGUACGAAAAGUCGGAAGUGAACGCGAACUUUUACUACGAGUCAGCAGAAAAGAGAGAGGCGAUGGCAAGGUCGGAAAGAGAGUUCACAGACGAAAAGGUGAGGAAGAUAAUACAGCUGAAGCAGAAAGUGUGCGAGGGAAACGACAACAGUUUCUGCGUGUUUAACCAGAAGGGAAUAGACCCGCCGGCACUGGACAUGCUGGCGAAGGAGGGAAUCAUGGCGCUGCGAAGAGUGAAGAGAAGAAACAUGGAAAGACUGACGCUAUGCUGCGGAGGAAAGCCCUGCAACGCAGUGGAGGACCUGACGGAAGAGGACCUGGGAUACGCAGACCUGGUCUACGAGGUGGCAGUGGGCGAGGAAAAGUACACAUUCGUGGAAGGAGUGCGGGACCCGAAGAGCUGCACGCUGCUGAUCAAGGGAAGCAGCGAGUACAGCAUUAACCAGAUCAAGGACGCAAUCAGAGAUGGGCUGCGGGUGGUCAAAAACGCAAUCGAGGACAGAAGAGUGCUGCCAGGAGCAGGAGCGACAGAGCUGUCAUUGUACAACGACCUGAUGGACUACUCGAAAGAAGUAAGAGGAAAGGCAAAGUACGGAGUAAUGGUGUUUGCAGAAAGCUUACUGGUGUUGCCGAAAACAUUGGCAGAUAACGCAGGGUUGGACGGAAAGGAAGUAGUGUUGGAGCUGUUGGACCAAGUAAGAGAGUCAGGAAGAGUGUUGGGGUUGGACUUGGAAACAGGAAAGUACAUGGUACCAGCAGCAGAAGGAAUAUGGGAUAACUACAGCGUGAAGCUACAAGUGUUCACCAUCGCAACCACAGUAGCAGAACAGCUGUUACUGGUCGAUGAAGUAAUUAAAGCAGGAAGGUCAAUGCACAAUAGACCAUCGUAA